AUGUCAUCGGAUAACAAAUCGAGUAUAAUAGACUCUGGCGCAGCAGCAAUCAUCAGUAGCAUCACAUCUAAAAGUGGUGUUAUUUUUCAUAUUAUCCGCACUACUCCCCUCAAAAACUUUUAUUCCGGUAUAUCGGUCGCCAUCGCUAUAGGAAUUCCGGCUCUAUCGACUUAUCUCUAUAUGUAUGACAAUACAAAGUACUAUCUUUCAACAAAGCUUGGAAUUAAUAAUGAUAGAGUCAUCAAUCAUAUGAUAAGUGGGGCAUUAGCAGAAACAGUGAGUGGAAUGUUCUGGACACCAAUGGAGGUAGUAAAGAGUAAAUUGCAAACCGGAGUUGGUUACGUUAAGGAGGAUUUUAGAGGUAAUACGAUUGGAAAAGUGGUCGGUCGGGAUAAUAGAGGCGGCACAUUAAAUUUAAUAAGAAUGAUAUUCGAUAAAGAAGGAAUAAGGGGAUUUUAUAGAGGAUACUUUCUUGCGCUUGCGGUUUUCAUUCCACACACAGUUACCUAUUUUGUAAUUUAUGAAAAAUGUAAGGCUUGGGAGCGUAAUCGACGAAGUAGAAAUAAGAAACCCUUUAGGGAGGACAAACUAGAUAGUGCGAUGGCAUUGGAACAAAAUGGGGUAUCUAGUUCAAAAAGUACAGUUAUGGCUAAUUCUACACCGAAAUCUAACGGAGAACUUCCGUUCACGAGAUACAUUUUGUAUUCCGGAUUCGCUGGUGGUGUAGCAGCAUCGUUUUCAAAUAUUUUGGAUGUUGUUAAAACUAGAUGGCAAGUUUCAUUUAGUGAUAAUAAAACGCAUUCGCCGAGAGCAAUUAUAAGAAGCAUGUACCUGAAUGAAGGUGGAUUUAAAGCCUUCACUAAAGGUAUGGGUGCUAGAGUGUUGUGGAUGGUUCCAGCUUCAGCUGUUAGUAUGACUGUGUUUGAGGCCUUGAAAAAUCGUAGAGCGAGAAAGAAGAAAUUUGAAUAA